UGCGAAGCUGUAAUCAGACAAAAACAGUAGCUAAGUUGUGUUUGGAAAACUAUUUGAACAGAGCCGAGCUUGUGGAUAACACUACCAUGCAGGACAAAACAAAUAACAUUGGAGUGUUUACCAUUUCUUUAUUGAAGGCAAAUCAGAAGUCGCCUUGCGGAUUGGUUGAAACGCUUGAAAACGAUGUGUCGGUGUUGCGUAUUGAGGCGCGACAUGGGUCUCGAAUCACUUCAGAAUUCGAAAGUAAGAUGGAAUGGUUUACUCAGAUAUCAAGCACACUAGCUGGAAAGCUUCAAUCACUGUGGAAUUUAGCCGAGUUACGUCCCGAUGAGAAUAACGAAAUUAAGGAAUUUGCUGAUAAGAUUUCGGUCUCUUGGGGGCUUGCAAAUAAACAGGUGAACGAAGAGUAUGCUAGAAUUAGAGUUGCGAGUCGUACCCUGACGGGAACCCCUUUAGCAACGUUGUUGCAAAAAAUUCGAAAACAGGCGACUACGAUCAAAACAUCACUCCAAAUUGGCGAAGUCAUGUACGACCAAAGUUACAUUACAAAAGGCUUUGCAAUUUGUGAUGAAAUAAUGAUGCUGCUCAAAGAGCUAGAAAAGUGCGAUGAAAAGGUGCAGCAAUAUUUGGCAAUUUGCAAGAUGACGCCGUACCUUCUGGAGCUGGAAUCGGCAGUUGACACGUACGUCAAUUCAAACGAGCUGUUACCCGUAUCGCAGAGGAUUUCUUCGAAUUUGUCAGUGUUCUCAGUUCUCGCGCGUCUUCUGACGGGAGAGCUACUAGGAAACGAGCCGGUCAAUCCAAAUCAUGUAUUGAUAUCUAACGCACCCAGAAAACCUGUGUUUAUAACUAAAAACGUUAAGAGAAAAAUGGAUAUUCCAGCCUUACCUGCUAUAAAAGUACCUACAAAGAUUCCUUCUACCUGCCAUCCUUCUGGUGAAACUAAACCAACGGCAGUUAUAUCUCUCAACAAACAGGCUAAUUUUCUCUGAUAUCUCUGUCAUCUUAGAAUGGCUUGGGUUGAUGAAAACGAUCUGGAACAUUCGUUAAUUGAGAUAGAAUAAAAAAUAUUCGAUAGAUUUAUUUGACUAAUUACAAUUCAGUAUUGUGAUAUUUUUCAUCUUACUAGAUAAUAAUGGUAAUAAUACAUAUCAUACGUAUCAUAC